AUGUCGAAAUGUUUGCGAGUGUGUAGCGCUUACUCGUAUAGACUUACACGAAGACACUCAACAUUAGUUCUAUUCAUAACCUUUGUAGUUACUCUAACUGUGAUAUUCCAUCUUUAUUCUUUCAAACAUCAUGAGCCACCUCGCUCCUUCCCGCAAAUCGGAGAUUUCGAGUACAAACCGGGAGCUUUCUUAAGAGGUCGCCAACCUGACAAUAACAAAAGCUUCUGCGAAUACAAUUAUGGCUUACCCCAUUACAUCGAUUGGGGGACGUUCCCAAUAUUUACGUCCCCAGAAUCGGGCAUCACUGGACCCUAUAGGGUCAUUUACAAUGCGAUCAGAGGUACAGAAUAUUCAAAUGAUAGCAAAUAUGACGCGGUGACGUACGCGACACAGGCAACUCCGGAGUUUAUAUAUCACGUUGUUGAAAUCGCCAAAUAUUGGGACGGUCCCAUCAGCCUAGCCGUAUACGUGCCCAGCUACGACAUGGACACAGCUAUUCAAAUCCUAAAACAUCUUUGUUCGUGUUAUUCUGCUAUGACAAAAGUGUCGCUGCACCUCUUCUAUCCUAAGCGAUAUCCACCUAAAAUAAGAAAGCCAGAAGAAGUAACGGUUACGACGGAAGUAACUGCAGCCACGCCUAAUGUAUCAGCAAAUGAAAUUUUGCAGAACAAAGUCGAAAACUACAGGAACAUAUUGAAAUCGAACCGCAGAGCCGAAUACGUACAGUGGGUGAGGAGAAAGAAAAUCGAACGAUUGACGGCGAGAGUACAUAAGAAGGCGGAAACGGCGCCCAAUUUACAUUUUGCCGAUUGUUCCGGGCCCAACGUUUCCGAUAUCCCAACUUUCCGUCGGGAGCACAAAAUGAUAUAUCCCAUAAACGUGGGCAGGAAUGUCGCUAGGAACGCGUCAAAGACAAACUAUUUUAUCGUGUCUGAUAUAGAAAUGGUGCCGAGUUUCGGAUUAGCGCCGAAAUUCCUGAGAAUGGUGCGGAAACUUAUGGGCGAUAAGAAGCGGGACGAGGGCUGUAUAUUCGCUAAGACGGUCUUUGUUGUGCCGCUGUUCGAGGUGGAGAGGGGGGAGGACAUACCCCACGACAAAGACGCGUAA